CUGGAACCGGAAGUAAACAACGAGAUCAUGUGACUGUCAUAUGACAGGACUUGGAAGAAUGCAGAGAGCGAGGGGACCUUAGGUUGAUGUGGUAACAAGCUACUUAUGAGGAGUGUCUGCUAUCUCAGCAGGGGACACUGUCACAAUGCCACAGCAGCACUCGGAGCUUCAGGCCUAUUCAGUACCGCUCAUUCAGCCAGACCUGCGCAGGGAGGAGGCAAUUCAUCAAAUUACAGACACCCUGCAACAUUUGCAGAGUGUAGCUAACGACAUAUUUGACAGAGUCCUGCAGCGGGUAGAAACAAACCGAGCUCAGCUUCAGGGGAUCAAUAACCGGCUGACCUUAGCACAGGCUAAAAUAGAGCGGAUUAAAGGCAGCAAGAAAGCAAUAAAGGUCUUCUCCAGUGCUAAAUAUCCUGCUCCUGAGAAACUUCACGACUACUGUUCCAUCUUUGCUGGUGCACAAAACUUAUGGUCAGAAAAGAAAACACGGCACAAAAUUCAAAGCAAACACCGCACACUGGAUGAGCAGGCUCUGUUUGAGAAGCUAAAAUAUUUUCCAGUGUGCGUGAAUUCAAAAGGGCACGAUGAAGAGUGUGCAGAGGAAGGGCUGGGUAGCCUCCCCCGAAACAUCAAUUCUGUUAGCUCUUUGUUGCUUUUCAACACAACAGAAAAUCUUUAUAGAAAAUAUGUUUUUCUGGACCCAUUAGCUGGGGUUGUGACACGCACAAACGCUGCAUUUGAGGGAGAUGAGGAGGAGAAACCCUUUGAUGCUCCCCUCUCCAUCACCAAGAGGGAGCAGUUGGAGAGACAGACAGCAGAAAACUACUUCUAUGUGCCAGAUCUUGGACAAGUCCCUGAGAUAGAUGUCCCCUACUCCCUACCAGACCUCCCAGGGGUGGCUGAUGACCUCAUGUACAGUGCUGAUCUGGGACCAGGGAUUGCUCCUUCAGCCCUAGCUGCUGUUAUUCCAGAACUUCCAACAUUCAGCAUCGAGGAGAAUGCAGAAAUCUCUAGGAUAGAUUUUCAGGAUGGUAAACAGAUACCACCACCACCACCUCCGCCACCACCCCCUCCACCUCCACCGCCGCCACCACCUGCACCAGAGAACAAUGGCCUCCCUCCUGCACCAACUCAGUCAACCGUCAACGCCUCACCUAAAUCAAGAGAAAUUACCAGAGAGUCUGGAGACCAAGCUGCGGUACAAGGGGCCCCUAAAGAUGUAGUGAAACCAUCUGAUGGACGUGCAUCCUUGUUGGAGUCCAUCCGACAAGCUGGGGGCAUUGGGAAAGCCAAGCUUCGCAAUGUAAAGGAGAAGAAGCUUGAAAAGAAGAAGCUAAAGGAGCAGGAACAAGUAAGAGCAACAGUCGACGGUGGUGACCUGAUGUCAGAUCUCUUUAACAAAUUGGCACUGAGACGAAAAGGUAUUUCUGGAAAAGGACCAGCUGCAGGAGAUGGAAGCGGGGACACUACCUCUGGGGCGUUUGCCCGCAUAUCGGACACAAUCCCACCAUUGCCCGCACCGCACCAAUCUGCAGGGGACUUAGAUGAAGAUGAUUGGGAGGCUUAAAUACAUAAAAUACCAGUUGUACUUCUGCACCAGCUGUCUAAAGUAAUGGUGCUGAGCAUCUGUUAGAGAAGGAAUUUGCACAAGGAAGUAAAAUAUUCUAUAUAUUAUAUAUUACUUUGCAUCAGAAAAAUAUUGAAGGUCAUUCUAGUCACUCAUUGACAUAUUAACCAGAUAUAAUUAUUAUAAUUUUUUUUUUUUUAAUUAAAAUUCUGUCAAGAGUAA